CGAAGUCCGAAGUUUACAACAAGCCACAGGCGAAGAAAAUCGUGUCUGUACGAUUUGGCAAUCACCCUUUAAAUUUUUUUCCGAUUUCAUCUCAUUCCCUUUUUACCUCAUAAGACCUCCUUUCAGCAAGGAGAGUGAUUGGGUCACCGUUAAGAAGAGAAGUAACACUCGUGGCUCGUGACGAUUCGAUGCAACUUGGCGAAGUCCGCACUGCGAAGGCAGGCGAUUUUGAGCAUUUUCGUCGACUGGCAGACAGCGUCGAAGGCUGGAAUUUACAGUAUGAUAAACAGGGAACGAAGGUGUACUCCAAAGUCAAAGAGGGCUCUACGGUUAGGCUCAUAAAGGUGAGAGAAAAAUACGUUAGAUUCAACAGUAAAAGCUAAUUUCGAAGACCAUAACCUACAACUCGGCCAGUGUUAAUUUGACUAUUUACCUACCGACGAGUUGAGUUAUUGAAAGUAAGAGAGUUCAGUGUACUGGAACUAACCCUCCUCUCUGUGAGACUUGCCAAAUAAAUUAUCGUUGAAACUGGUCAAUUCUGUUGUUGCGGUCGCGAUAAAAGAUUGUGGGAAGAAAAUUAAAAGAUGUCCCGAAAAUUCUUAUGAUAUUUUGAGUUAAAUUUCGUAGACGAUUGAUAUUAAUUCUCUUUGCUUUAUUUCCGUUAAUCCCCCUGAAAUGAUCGCUGUUAAAUAGGCUUACUCCUUUAUUAGAAUUGAUAGGUUUGCUUUAGCAGAACGAUCGUUAAUACUGUCUCAUAAGUGUGUUUUACUCUUAAAUACUAAUGGCCUUAACUACACGUAGCUCUUUAGUGAAGUUUGAUGUGGCUUGCCCUGUGUUUUGCAUUUGAAUUCAAGCACUGUGUGACUUGUAGAGAAAUAUAAUAGGCGAUAAACUUACUCUUUAACAGAGAAAAUCUUUCAUCAACAUUAUGUAUGACACUUUGUCGAUAGGCUGACACAAAAAUUACACUCGGGAGAUGUCGAAAUAUGUUCAUGUUCACCGUUAUCUUAUUCCCAAUUCUUUCCUGCUGUGAAAUUGGCCGUAAAGUCAUGCAGCGAUCCGCAAUGGCAAGAAAGCUAAAUCACUUCCUGCAGAUAAUAUGCCUUUUUAAAAAUAUACUGACCACAGAUUUUUUGGCAGAAAAAUCUUUUCUGGGAAGGACUAUAAUAAAUUACCGAACAAAGAAUUUUGAUGGAGUUAAGCUGAUGGAACUUGUAUGUAAAUUUAUUGGUUAACGAGAAAAUGCCGUUUACCCCGGUCCCGACCUGCAGUUUUUUUAAUUUGCCAAAAAUAUGUCAUCAUUAAGUCAUGCUCACUCUUUGUAAAAGCUGGAAAGUUUCUCUCGAUUGAUAUAUCCUGUCAACAUUUAUUUAAAUAGUUGCUCGAACGGGUGUUUUAUCUUGGGGGCAUCUGGGCUUUUUGAUUUGUGGUCUACAUUUAAACAUUCGUUGUGGCAGCAGGUCUUCGUGUUGUUUCAUGGUGAAGGUUGUUCACGUACAAAUUCUAGUUAGCUUAUUUCCACCGUUCAUUUGUACUUGAAGCUAAGGGAUUUUGGUGUGCAAAUUUCACAGCAGAUAAUACAAUUCGUCGUUUUGAAGUUUAGGGAAACUUAAAAUUCAGGCUUCUUUACUACUAAUCGAAGAAUAACGUAACCUACAUAUUGUGUUAUUCCUCAGUCUUCUCUUAGAGGCUCUCCGAAAGUUGGUGUCAAAAGCCUUGUAGCUUCAAUUUAAAGGGGCUAUCAGCCACAUGUAUUUUUGUCAACACUUCAUUAAAGAUCAGAGUCUCGGAUAUUUUUGUUUAUUAUGGUUUCCCAACCUCUCAAGGCCUUUUUGGAAGUAGCCUUGUUGCACAAAGUGUGCAAACCUUUUUUGUUCGCUCAUGAUUCUUGAUCUCUGAUAAGAAGUUUCUUUGAUGCAGAUUUUGUAACAGAAACUAGCAAUAAAGAGGAAUGACAUUUUGACCUACAAGUAAUACAAGUUUAAUUGUUGAAAAAAAAAACCAAUGAGAAUGCAAUAAGCAUUAGGUUGUGUUAAAAUUGCAUUAUUACAAACAAUUUAGGUAUUUGAGUUUCAUCGAAAAAUCUAAAAACAUUAACUUUGCACUUAAAAUUGUCCAAAGGAACAACCUCUUUGUGGAUGGAGUCACUAUUCUUGAUUUCCUGAGACAAAUUAGUUACUAAGCUUGAAUUUAGAAUAGACCUGCUUUACAGAAGUCAAUUAUGUUAUAGCUAUGUUAAAGUACAACUAAAUGUACAGUAUGUCUUAGUAUGUAUAAUUAUGUGUGGGUUUUGGAGGUCUAAAUGAAUCCGCAACAGAGGAAGCUUAAGUACAUCAUUACAGUCACCAAAUAUGAAAGUCCAAUUCUUAGAUUGUCAGAAGAUGAUCACCCUAAUUUUAAAUGUACCUGAAAGCAAUUUGACUUUCUCUUCCAUAGGCAAAAAGCCCCAGUAUUUUUUUUUAAAUUCCAAUCUUCUUGAGACCUUUCAAUUGUCUAGUAUUUUAAGAUAAAGUGCUUCUCUAAUAGAACUGAUAUUUCUGUGAUGGGUGAAAUGUUUUGUUAAUAUUUUUCUAAACACAGUGACGCCGGUAAAUCAGUGAAACCUCCAGCUACCAAUAUUCCUUGUUAAUAUGUACCACAUAGGUCUUGUGCACCCUGAUUGGCUAGUUUGCAAUUGAAACUCUGUGUCGAGAGUUUAAUUUAUAACAACCAUCUUUGGUACAUUGACAGAAAUAAACCAUUUUUUUCUGUUUCUGUUUGGUAUAUACUAAAACAAUUUUUCACUUUGGUAAAUAAUUGUUAUAAUAAAAACUCUCAACUCCAAAUAUUGCAUUUCUACUGUUCUGAUUGGUCCACUCAACUCUGGUUAUCAGCUCAUAUUCUGAGUUAUCUAAUGUGGAAUUGCAAUGUUACAAUAUUUGUAGAGCUAAAAUCCAAAUGUAUCCAUUUGCGUUUGUUGGAUACAAGACUGGUUAUAGCCAACUCAUAUCCAACAUGUGCUCAUGGAAUGAUUUUUGUUUUUACUUCAUGGCUAAAAUAAAUGUUUAAUGUUAUUUGGCUUUGUCUUAGGUGGUCACCAGCUUCCAAGAUGUGUCACUCUCAUUAAUGUAUGAUGUUCUUCAUGAUGCAGACUACAGGAGAAUUUGGGAUGAUAAUAUGCUAGAGUGUUAUGAAAUUUGUCAACUGGACAGAUAUAAUGACAUAGGUUACUACUCAAGUGAGUCAAUCUCUUUUUCUUUUAAUGGUAUCAGCGAAUGCAUUUAUCAAGAUGACAAAGUCUGUUUUAUGUGAAAAGAGGGUUAAGUUUAUAAAAAAACUGAUGCUAUUUUGGUGGGGGAGUAUAACAAGAUAAUUUGGUUUUACAAACUGAGUUGAUAAAGUUAAUUGGCCAUGGUAAAGAGUUUAAAAGCUGACAUUUUGAGCAUUAGCCUCUGAUCCUUUGCUCUGAUGAAGUGCUUAUGCUCGAAAGGUCAGUUGUUAAACUCUUUACAGUGGCUAAUUUACAUUAAAAUGUCAAUUGGUUAAAACCCAAUUAUCUUGGACUGCGUUAGUAUGAACUGAGUUUUCCUGCUUUUUAAUUUAUGGCUAAAAUUUCAAUAAGAUUGAAUUGACUGCCAAACACUUUAUCCACUGUACAUUGUGAAGUAGGAAUUCGUACUGUCAGAAAUUGUUAAGGUGUUUAAUUACAGGAUAUGGGUGGUUUUAGUAACAUUGAUAUCAAGUACCUGUCACAGUCAAUUACAAAAUACACUCUUCUUUUGUUUAUAGUUAAAUGCCCAUCUCCAAUGAAAAACAGAGAUUUUGUAACUCAGAGGUCUUGGUAUUGGGAAGAAGAUCACUUCAUUAUUUUUAAUCACACAGUGCAUCACAAGGUGAGAAUCAACAGUUCUGUGUGUCUACAUUAUUUAAAUUUACUGGCAUAACCCUUAACACCCUAACAUCAGUAUGCAAGUUUUCCACACUCUACUCUAAACAUUUUCCAAGGUACUGGCAGGAUAUUUGUGUAACAAUCAAGAAUUUCUUUAGUUGUUGAUCAUUUCCUUUAUUCUUGGAACCUUAAAGUGAGAUCCAUAGGGGAUAUAGUAAGGAGAAAUUAGAUGCUACAUGUGGUCACUCUAAGGGGUCGAAGGGUUUUAAAUACUUUUCUUGAGUGAAUACUGCCCUUGAUUAAACAAUACAGAUGGAAGAAAAAUAAGCGGUAAACACUACUCUCUAAAAGAUGCAGUACCUAAUCAGAAGAACGAUUUCUUGAUUUGAACAUUAUUAGAAAGAAAAAAAAGUACAUUGCAACUAUGUUAAUUACAGCUUCCUCGAAUUUUUUUUGUCAAAAAUUGAGACUUUGGGACCUCAAACAACUGUGUGUGUGUGUGUGGUAUGUUGUUUACAAAUGACUUACCAUAUAAUGGCUGCACCCAAUAAAACUUUGCUGGCAGUGAGAUAAUAUUUAAUACUAUAAUGUUUUCCAAAUCCUAGGAUGUGCCUUCAAAGAAAGGCUUAAUCCGUGGUAAUUCAAUUCUUAGUGGAUAUUAUGUACGCAGAAUAGGAGAUGGUUGUUCUCUUACAUAUGUCUCGCAAGUGGAUCUGAAAGGUAAUUUUUCACAGUUUGUAGCUCUGUUUCCCUUUUUUUAUUUUUAUUUUUUUUAAUGGUAGAACUGUUAUGUGAACAUUUGAUUAAAAAUGAAUAGAAAUUAAAGUGUGACAGAGUACUGUUAUAGUUUUGAAUUACAAGGGCAAAGGAAGGAUUUAUACUGACAAUUACUAUAAAUAUCCUAGAGUUACAACUCCUGGUGCAGGCAACAUACAUUGUAAUAGUGAUAACUAUGAAGUGCACUGGGGUCUUCUUUUAGGAAAAUUUUUAGUACAGUGAUAACAACUCAUUAAUCACCAAAUGAUUAAUUUCCUUUCUAUGAACAGGGAUCUUACCCAAGUGGAUAGUUAACAGGGCAUCAACAAAGAUUGCUCCAAAGGUUAUUAUCAUUUUUUGUUGUUGUGGUUGUUGUUGUUUUUUUUGAUGGAAGGCAGUUGAUGUUUACAGCAUAGUCCCAGAUGACUUCAUGCUGUCUAUAAAUUAAUUUUCUACCUUUAAAGAAGCUAGCUCUUCUACAUAAUGUCUGUGAGCCACCUUUUUUAAUGAAAAAUACUUUUGGUUCAGUCAAUAAAUCUAAACAACAAAUAGAAUCUUCUCUUUUGAUCUACAGAAUAAGAUAUUAAUUGAUAAGGAGAGAUCCUCACAAUGUCAUAUGUAAGAGGAGUGUUAUUUUCACAAGAUGAAUGCAUCCUGUACUUGAGGCAAAUGACACUGACUGGAACUGUGAUAUUCCUAAUUCUUGAAAAGGGUACAAAAAGUAGAAAUAAAAAAUAUCAGACAAUUAUAGAGCAACAAGGGAGAGUCUAAAAAAGUGGAAACUGUCUCUUAAAUUUAACUUGAAGCUUGUAUGUAUGUGAGCCUAUAAUUGCAAGGGAAAUCUAGACAAGUUAAUAUGGUCUCUUAAAUUCAACUUGCAGCUUGUACCUGGCUCUUAUACCUGUAUGUGAUGUUUUAUUUCUUGCCUUUUGAUAAAGGUUGUAACCAAGGUUCACAAGGCUGCUCUAGGUUAUCAAGCAUGGAAAUCUAUACAUGCACCUAGCUACAAACCAUGGCUUUGGCCAGAGCAAAGCAUUCUCCCUAAGCUCCGUCCAGAUGAUGUACAGUCUGUAGGUAGUGAGUCACCAAGUGCAUCUGACCAGGAGCAAGAGGUUAUAGGUGAUGACCCAAAUGGCUAUGCUUCCAGUGAUGAUGACAACAUAAUGCUUUGACAGUGGAAUUGAAAUUCAAAAUUCAAUUUUCAAAUAAUAUAAGAUUACAAAGCCACUGACUUUCAUGCAGUGAACAUUAUUUUUGCUUAGCAGUGUAAAUCUUAAUGGAAAAAAUUUGGAAAAAAUCUUAUUAAAGAACUUGUAUAAAAGUGUAGCUAGAGAAUAAAGCUUAGUAAUUCAGUACAAAAUUUUCCACAAUUUGGAAAGCAUAGUUUUAAUGUAGAGGUUCAGAUGAUUGUGAAUAUUCAUUGAAGCAAAGGAGCUUUUGCAGGUAGGAAGAACUCUUGCCCUGGCCCCAUCGGUAAAGAUGUGUAAAAUAUACAAAUAUACAAACUAGGGAAUUUUUUGUGGUAGGUAUUAAGUGGUUCUAACCAUGGUGUGUUAGUCUCUUAGUUUAUAGCUUCAGUGUAUUAUUUAGCAGUUUAUCAACAUUCAAAUUCUAUGUGUGUUUUCAUGCAUUUCUUGCAGAGCUGUUCAUUUACAAUAAAUUAUUUUCAUUGUGCACACUCUACGGUCCAGAUUUAAUCGCUUGCCACCAUCUUUUUUUCUUUUUUCAAAUUCUAAGUUUAGAAUUGUCGUUUUGGGAUUUAUGAGUCAUGCAAAAGUGUGCCCAAGGCACAUUACUGUAAAUAAGGUUAAAUGAACCUACUGAUAGUGGUCCCUAAACUUAAAACAUAGAUCCAUGCUGUUCAUUAAGGCUUUAUAAUUCUUGAUCUAAAAUUUAGACCAACCUGUUACUCUUUCUUAUGAAAAGAAAUGUUGAACACUAUCUUGUACCAUUCAACUGCUUUUAUUUAUAUGUAGGACAGUUGCAAUUGAACUUUACAAUCUCAUUGCCAAUUCAGUAACAAUUUUAUAAUUAUUUAUUGGUAAAUUUUGUCAUAAUAGUGGGUUUGAAAUAUACACCAUCAAAAUUGGCACUGUGCCCCUCAAUAACAUACAAACUUUAAGGUUGGAGAUACAUUUAUGUCACUGGAAAUUUGUCUUGCAUUGCCUUUAACCGUGUUCUGGACACUUUAGGAAAUGGGUGCAAUGUUUCGAAUAGUCCCAAGAUCGGAGGAUUAAGUUUUAAAUUGGUGUUUUUCUUUUCUUCUUUAAGAUGUUCUUUGUUGUUGACAACUUCGUGAAACUAAAUUACAAGUUUGGCUCUGAAUCUCAGAGUUUGUAAGAAACAUUUUGAAAGGGAUGGUACUGAUAACUUGACUUAAUAUAUACCAUAUGUAGCUGCACUGCCCACCAACAUGAUCUGUUUCCAAUUUCUGUUGAGUAAUUGUUGUAAUGCUAGUAUACUGAUUAACCCUUUAACUCGCAAGAGUUUCAACAUGUAACUUCUCCCCAGAAAAUCCAAAGAACAUUCCACAAACAGACAAUGAGAGUACUCAAACUUAUCAGGUAGUUGUUAUCUUGAUCUGAAAUCAAAUUCUCUUAACUCAUUUCCAGAGAAACUUUUAGCAGUUAAUGGGAGAAUUAACAAUCAAAGAGUUAAUAAUCUGUGUCUUCUUAAGGUAAUCCUAGGGGCAAACCUAUAGCUCUACCAAAUUUAACCUUUUCUUUUCCAAUUUCUGCGAGAUACCUAAGGUUGAAUUUGUCCAUCUGAAGAGUAGAGCUGUUGAGCUUUAAGUUAUUGUAGAGAGAGACAAUUCUUCAGUGGAAAGGGCUAUGUCAUCGUAGUUUUGGUCAUUCAACAUAUUUGUUAGAUGUGUUUGGUUCUGAAAGCCAAUGUUUUAUGGCCUUGAGCACUGACAAGUAAUCUUGUCUUUCGAGCUGUAUGGAAGGUGUUUUCUACCAAGACAACUUGGGGAAUAUACACAAUAUUUUCAGGCUUAGCCCCAUGCCACUUUUUCUUCGUUGUUGAUAUAUACUUAUUCCUUGUACCUGUUAGCUAGUCAGUUUAAAAUUGCAUGAGAGGUGCCUUGACCCUUCAGCCUUAUACAGUGAGAAACAUGUAACACCGCCUUAAAGUAUAAGUACAUUAGCUCACAUGUGACAGAAAAUAAACAAUUUGAUUGGUUUC